CGCGUGCGCCCCCUGCGGGAGUGGGCAGGUGGCCCCUUUUGUUUGGCGGGGUUGACGGAGCUCCCGGUUGUCCCACAGCGACGGUGAUGGAGGCGCAGAGGCCGCUCGAAGGCUCGGGGCUGUCGUCCGAGUACUUUCAGAAUUGGUACGGGAGCUCCGACCCGCUGGCGGCCCGACUCUGGCAGGCCCAGGCCCAGGCCCAGGCAGCCACAGGGCCCGAUCCCUACAGCCUGGAGGAGGCCGCAGCUCCUCCAAAAGAGGCCGGACAGGCAGCUCCAAAACGUAAAAGAGGAAGACCUCCAGGACCACAAAAAACUAAGACUGAGAAAAAUAAGUCUGAGGGAGCAAGCAGCAAACGAGGCAAAACAGGUGGAAAUACGGCGGGCAAGCAAGAAAAGAUCACUGAUGCUUUUAAAGUCACGAAAAGAAAAAUCGAUCGAUUCAAUGGAACAACCGAAGCUGAGCUUUUAACAAAAACCUUACCAGAUAUAUUGACCUACGGUUUAGACAUUGUGAUUAUUGGAAUUAACCCGGGGCUGAUGGCAGCAUACAAAGGACAUCAUUACCCAGGACCAGGAAAUCAUUUUUGGAAAUGCUUGUUUUUGUCUGGUCUUAUUGACAAGCCAUUAAAUCAUUUGGAUGAUGCUUCUUUACCAGAAAAAUAUGGAAUAGGUUUCACAAACAUGGUGGAGAGAACUACUCCAGGAAGCAAGGACCUCAAAAGUAAAGAGAUUCGUGAAGGAGGAAAAAUACUUUUGCAAAAGCUACAGAAGUUUAAGCCACGGAUUGCAGUAUUUAAUGGGAAAUGCAUCUAUGAAAUAUUUAGCAAGGAGGUUUUUGGAGUUAAAGUCAAGAAAUUGGAGUUUGGGCAGCAACCACACAAGAUCCCUGAAGGAGAAACCGUGGUCUAUGUCAUGCCUUCUUCCAGUGCAAGGUGUGCGCAGUUUCCUCGGGCCCAGGACAAGGUACAUUAUUAUAUCAAGCUAAAGGAACUACGAAAUCACUUGAAGGGCAUUAAAGCUCCAACAGAGGUCACUGAAGUAGAAUACUCAUUUGACUUGCAAAAAGCUCAAGCGGAAGCCAAGAAAAUGGCAAUUAAAGAGGAAAAGUAUGACCCUGGAUAUGAAGCUGCUUAUGGUGGUUCAUACAUUGAAAAAUCCACUGAAAUCAAUGGGCAGUGCAAUUUUGCUACAACAGAACCAGCUGUGACCAGCAACUCUGAGUUCAACACGGGAUCAACAUUUUGCCAAGUUCCUGAUGGCCAGUGGAUGACCCAAUCAUUUGCUGAUCAGAUUCCUUCAAUCAAUAAUUACUGCACAGAGUCUCAAGAAGGAAAUAACACAUAAUGAAUUGAUUGGUUUGCAUAACUUGAUGUUACUGCAGUUUUAAUGCAGUCUUAAAAGUACUGUACCUCAGUUUUUGAACUGAAGAGGUUUUAUCUUUUUACCUAUUGCUUUCUAGAAUUAUGUGUAAUCUUACUGAUGUAGUAAAGAUCAGAAAGUUGAAUUCUUAAACUUUUAGAGUGAAGCUUUGCCCAAAAUAUUUAUAGAUGAAAGGAGAAACCAUAUAUGGUUUGUUUUGUUUUUAACGUAAUAUGAUCAGGUGCUCAGUUUAUUCCAAGAAUUAAGUUGGGGUUUCUUACUAGUACAGAUUCGCUUUUGCUCAAGUAUUACAAUUAUGAGGCUGUUGAGCCAUCCAGAAAUUUCUUCUGUUAGUGUUAGCAGCAAGUCAGAAUGCAGUGAAGCCUUCAUCAAUUUUGGUCACAAUAGUGGUGGGAGUUCUACUUAAAUCAUAAUGUCCUCCAUUUAAACUGGAUUGUAACAGUGCUGCUUAACGUCUUGCUUAUUUGAAAUUCUUAUAAUAUUUGCAUUUCUCAGGAUGUGUGCACAUCAAGUACUAUUAAUAGCAGUUUCACUUUCAGGUCAGUUCAGACUACCUUAAUUUUAUGUUUAUUUGACCAAAGGGGUGCAUUUGUUUUAAAAAAGAAGCAUACGUUAAAUACGGGUCCAGGUGUCCAUUUGCUUAUGCAAAUUCAACAAUAAAAUCAGAGCAGUUUCAAUUCAUUAUUUUAAGUUCAUUUUAAAACGUUAGUGUUCGGGGCAUGUUGCUUCUCCUUAGAAAAUUGAAACUCUUGAGCAAGAUGAAUUUUUCAUGGACUCAGCUUUUGUGUCUUUAAGGAUGAGAAGGUGCUAUGGAUUUGCAAAAAUAAUGAGCUUAACAAAUCAUGUUUUACAUUUGAGCAGAUGUUCUUUAAUACUUUAAAUCUUCUUUGUAACUCAAUGUUGCUAAUUUAAUUUAUAUUUUAGCAAUAAAUUCCCCUUGUGUUUUUAUCAAUAUUGCUUAUUAAAAAUUGAUUCUUUCUUCUUUUGCACAAAUCCAUUUUGAAUUAUUAGGAGUAGACUAUAGUUUGUCAAGUUGACAGUAGUGCACAAGAAAAGCCAGAGGAUAAGUUCCCUGCCAAAUGUUUUUGUUAAAAAUUGGAGCAAUGCUGUAGUUGCCUUUAGUGUUUGAGGUUUUAAUGUUUUUUCUAGUAUGAACUGUGGGGGUGGGGCAGGACAGGGGGUUUGAAAAAAAGGCUUUCAAUUGAAAAUUGUCUGAUAAUUAAAUGGAGCAUUCACAAUUCUGGUAUUUCAAAGCAAUUUUCCCUUCAAGCUAAACUUGUGUAAUCAUUUUCUUUUGACUUGAUUCAAAUUUCAAUAAAGAAAAAGCAACUGAAGUCCUUCGCUGGGCAUUUGCACUUAAGUCUAGAGCAAUAUAACUCACUCAACCUGUUUUUAAUCCUUACUCUCAACAGAAAUUGCAAGUGCAAGAGUUUAAAUCCUGACAGUAGUGUAGACUGAAGCAGAUUGACAGAUAGUGACAUGGCCAGUUAAUAAUAUUCUUGCGCCAACAAGAUGAGGGCUUUGCUGAAAUCCACAAUUCGUGGUGUGGUCUUUUAAACCCAGCCACUUUUUUGCUGUUGCCAACUGCUUUCAAUGCCCAGUAUGGGGUUCACUCAGCACAUUGGCUAUGGAUGAGUAGGAAAGCUGAAUGAAACUUUUUUUGCAGAUUCUAUCAGGUGACUACAGGCAGCAGCAAAAGCCUCCAGAAGAAACCUAUGGUUUGCUUCUGAUUGCGUCAUCAAUCACCAUCCCCUCUCACUCCACUAUCUGGCUAUGACACCUGUUAGGCUUGCAUUACCCUCUUCCGCUGGUAUGAAGUAUUGCCAGAUUUGUUCAGGGGUCUCGUCUGACUUGGGGGGGGGUGGUGGCGGGGGGCAGAAAAUAAACAAGUCCCAGCUCAUAUGCCAGUUCCAUAGUUACUUUUCUCCUUGUAUUAAAAUUUAGCUACUAAGUUUGAAAUAAAAAUUCACUCAACUGUGAGACUAUGUAAAUGCCUUAAAGGUUCAUUAAGGAAAUUAUUGUAACUAACCUGCAUGAUUGUUUUCAACAAAUAAUUUGUAAUACUGUCUCUAGUGACUUAAAGCUGUUUUACCAGAAAUUUUAAAGUUAACCAUGUCAUAUUAUCUAGUUUGUAAAAUGUGCCUGUGGGAUUAUAUACAAGUAAAUGUAUUCUCAUUUGAAGUGAAUGGGCAGCGACUGGAAACUUUUAAAAAUGUCAAAAUGAUAAUGUUUACAACUUGUAAAUUUGGUGCUCAAUCCUCUUGCAAGAGAGUGAUAGUUUUAAAAUCUGGAGAAAACAAUAAAAAUUACAAUGAA